AUGAAAGCAGUAUUACAGCGGGUGCUGUCAAGCUCUGUCGCCGUCAAUGACCAGGUUGUUUCUGCCAUCGGCAAGGGCAUCCUAGUCCUGGCUGCAAUCGGUCCCCACGACUCCAAGAAAGAUGUGGAAUCCAUGGCUGCCAAAGUCCUCAAGAUGAAGCUGUGGCCCGAUGAAAAUGGAGUCAACUGGAAGAACAGUGUCCAGGACAUAGAAGGCGAAAUCCUCUGUGUCUCUCAAUUCACACUGUUUGCUUCAACCAAGAAAGGCAACAAGCCAGACUUCCAUGGGGCAGCCAAGCCAGAGAUUGCGAAGGAACUGUACGACUAUUUCGUCUCUCGAGUUCGCGACCAAUACCGAGCAGAAAGAGUCAAAGAUGGUGUAUUCCAGGCGAUGAUGCAAGUCAGUCUUGUCAAUGACGGGCCCGUCACGCUUGAGAUCGAUACAAAUUCCGCAAAGAAAGAAUCCGCCGCGAGCACCAAAGAACCGACACCGAUAUCAACCCCUGCGCCAGAAAACGCCAAUUGA